CAGUCUAUGGUAGCAACAUUGCGUUGGAAAAAUGGCGACUUCCACAAGUAGCAACGUGAACGUAGAUGAGCCCGAAGGAGUGGCAAAUAAAUCGUCUAAAAAGGACAUAAACAACAAAGUGGACCUUGUUAUCAAUAAUAGGAAGCAUGCCAAUUAUGUUUUUGACAUACUGGAAUAUUUACAGGCAGACAAAGAGAAGGAUGUUGUCUGUGCGGUCAAUGCUUGCAACAAGCUGUUCUGCGCGCUGCUGAAGAGGGGAGACCUGUUUGUCGGCCAGUUGCCCAGUGAAGAGGACAUGCUCUCCGCUGAGCACAGCGCUGAGCAGAAGUACCGCAUGUUCAUGCGCCAUCGCUACAACAGCUGCACAGACCUGCUGCUGGAGCUGAUGCACCACGAGUCCUUCCAGGUCAAGGAAGGUGCCCUGCUCACCCUAAUGAAGUUUGUGACGAUGGAGGGGAAGUUUCCUCUCCUGGUUGUGGACUGGGAGGAGCACUACCACUUCCCCAGAGAACUGCUGAAGGCAGUGGUCGGGCAGCUGCUGUCGGAGAAGGAGGACAUGGCCUUGCUGAUCUCCAGGUUCCAGGAGUUCCUGGAGAUGGAGGACGUGCGUUACUACGUCAUGAGCUCCGUUAGCGACAGCGUUGCCCGGGUGAUGGAGAAAGCCAAAGGGGUGGCGCUGCCAGUGUACCAGGGCAACGUGUUUCUCCUGGCCUCCAGUGUCUGCAUGCCCAGCAAGGAGGCAGAGCUCUCCAACUUUCUGGUGAAGCAGGCAGCUAAACAAGAGGACUGGAAGGCGGCCAAGUUCAAGGAACACAGGCGGGCGUUCGAGCGGAUGUGGCUCUGCUUUCUCAAGUACAAGUUGCCUAGCAGCAUGUACAAGAAGGUCCUGGUGAUUCUGCACGACUCCAUCCUGCCCCACAUGAGCAAGCCCACCCUGAUGAUCGACUUCCUGACUGCGGCCUACGAUGUGGGGGGCGCUAUAAGCUUGCUGGCUCUGAAUGGGCUGUUUGUGCUAAUUCACCAACACAAUCUUGACUACCCUGACUUCUACAAGAAGCUGUACGGCCUGCUGGAGCCGUCUGUGUUCCACGUGAAGUACAGAGCGCGUUUCUUCCACCUGGCCAACAUCUUCCUCUCCUCCAGCCACCUGCCCGUCUACCUGGUGGCGGCCUUUGCCAAGCGUCUGUCCCGGCUGGCCCUGACGGCGCCCCCUGCUGCCCUGCUCAUGGUACUGCCGUUCAUCUGCAACCUGAUCCGCCGGCACCCGGCCUGCCGUGUGCUGAUCCACCGGCCCAGCGCGCCCGACGAACCCUGCGAUGACCCCUACCUGAUGGAGGAGGACGACCCCGCCCACUGCCACGCCCUGGAGAGCAGCCUGUGGGAGCUGCAGACCCUGCAGAAGCACUACCACCCGGAUGUAGCCAAAGCUGCCAUGGCGAUCAACAAGCCUCUGACGGAGGAGGAGGAUGACAUCAGCGAGCUGCUGGAGCUCUCGGCCUAUGAGGUGAGCCUGCUGCUCACAGCACCAGCGAGCUGCUGGAGCUCUCGGCCUAUGAGGUGAGCCUGCUGCUCACAGCACCAGCGAGCUGCUGGAGCUCUCGGCCUAUGAGGUGCGAGCUGCUGGAGCUCUCGGCCUGUGAGGUGCGAGCUGCUGGAGCUCUUGGCCUAUGAGGUGUGCGCUGCUGGAGCUCUCGGCCUAUGAGGUGCGAGCUGCUGGAGCUCUCGGCCUACGAGGUGUGAGCUGCUGGAGCUCUCGGCCUAUGAGGUGCGAGCUGCUGGAGCUCUCGGCCUAUGGGGUGAGGCCGCUGCUCGCUGCCUCAGUCUCCUGAUUCAGCGGAGCUGUGCUUCAGGGUCCUCAGGAGAAGUGCUCUCAUUAAAGACAUAA